AUGCCGCAAGCAAAGUCCAAGAAUGCCGUUGGGCUCGGCAACACGCUGAUGAAUGACCGGUUUGGUAAGGGCAAAGGCUCAGAUAGAAAACGAGGACAACAAGGAGUCACCAGAAUCAAUCAUGCAACUGGAGAAGAAUAUAUCACGAACUCAAAGGAAGAGGCAGCAUGGGUCAAAAUGCGCUCCGUUACGGAGCAGGGCGCCCUCGACGAGUUUCUGGCGACGGCGGAGCUGGCAGGCACAGACUUCACAGCGGAGAAGAUGAACAACGUCAAGAUCAUCCAUACCGACCAGAAGAAUCCUUAUCUUCUUUCUGCCACAGAAGAGAGGAACACGCUGAGGAAACACAAGGAAAAUAAGGGGAGGCUGACUGUCCCGCGACGACCGCACUGGGAUGCUUCCACUACGCCGGCCGAAUUGGAUGUCCUGGAGCGAGAGAGCUUUUUGAAUUGGCGUAGAGGAUUAGCAGAGCUUCAGGAGAACAACGACUUGCUUAUGACACCAUUUGAGCGGAAUUUGGAGGUUUGGAGACAAUUAUGGCGAGUUAUUGAGAGGUCAGACCUGAUCGUCCAGAUCGUUGAUGCUCGAAACCCCCUCCUCUUUCGUUCAGAGGACUUGGAGUUAUACGUGAAAGACGUCGAUAAACGAAAGGAGAAUCUCUUACUCAUCAACAAAGCUGAUAUGAUGACGUACAAGCAACGCAGGGCUUGGGCCUCCUACCUGAAGGGUGCCAAGAUCGCGUACAGAUUUUUCUCUGCAAGUAUGGCGAAAGAGCUGAACGAGUCCAAGUUGGAUGCAGAGGGGGAGGUUGAUGGUCAGAGUGAUGGUUCCAGGCCAGCAAAAGACGAGGAUAAGGAUGUCUCGGACGAAGAGGACGAGGAAGAAGGCGACAGCGAAGCAGAGCAUGACGCAGAGGAGGACAAGGACGAUGUGGACACUAGGAUAUUGACAGUCGAGGAGCUGGAGGAUAUCUUCUUGCAGCAUGCGCCGGACAGUCAGGACCCGGAUCAGAAACUCACUAUUGGUCUUGUUGGUUAUCCUAAUGUCGGCAAGUCCUCGACCAUCAACGCACUCAUCGGAGCUAAAAAGGUCUCCGUCUCAUCAACGCCCGGAAAGACAAAGCACUUCCAGACUAUCCACCUCAGUGAUAAGGUUGUGCUUUGUGACUGUCCUGGAUUGGUCUUUCCUAAUUUUGCAACUACAAAAGCGGAUCUUGUGUGCAACGGUGUGCUCCCGAUCGACCAGCUACGAGAAUUCAGCGGCCCAGCUGCUCUGGUUACCAAGAGGAUACCACAAAGCUUCUUAGAAGCUCUGUAUGGUAUCACAAUCAACAUACGGCCCUUGGAGGAGGGAGGUACCGGUACUCCGACGGGAUCUGAGCUUUUAAAGGCCUAUGCUCGAGCAAGAGGCUUCGCAACACAGGGACAAGGCAAUCCGGAUGAAUCAAGGGCAGCAAGAUAUAUCUUGAAGGAUUACGUGAACGGAAAGCUCCUCUACUGUGAACCGCCCCCAGGCGAUCUCGACGCGAGGGAGUUCAAUAGCGAGCUGUACGACCCCUCUCACCUUACCGGAAAGAGACGGCUUGCCCUAGCUGCGGCUAUGGAGGCUAUGUCGGUCGCUGAAGACGAUGGCGAGUCUAUGGCAGAUCCCGACUUCAUUCCUCUACCCGCCACUGGGUCGAAAUCCCAGAAGCUAGAUAAGACCUUCUUUGGACCGGGGAGUGGGAGUGCAGGGCAUGUGGCCAGGCCGUUCAGCUACAAGUAUUCUCAGCAAGGUCAAGAGGCGGCGAGGAAACAGCUCACCGGGCGGAAGGCGAGAGCGAUGAUUGCCUUGGAAAACGACAUCGAUCCGAAGGAUGUGCAGAUGAACUUGUCCGGGAAGAAGCAUUUCAAAGGCGGCCAAAAGGGGAAAGGAAAACGUCGCGCCAAUAAGGCCGACGACGAUAAUUAG